UCUUGAACGUCACCUGUGUACGCGCCCAACACCUACAGGUAAAGGUGUAUGCUACGGAGAACUGCGGGGGAAGGAAGAAUUAACGGUUGGAAAAAUUCAGGAUACCGCUGCUAUGGCCGAGUCUCAGCUUCUGUGCAUGGACGAAGAUCAUGUCAACGAAAAGAUACCCGAAUCCAAAGCAGAAUUCUACUACUGCGAGGAGCAGCGAGCCGCGCUCGAGCAACUAUUGAAGAACGGCGAUGGCGCGUUCAAGAUGCGACUGAAAGAGGACAACGUCCGAGACUUUCUAUCCGCCCGCGAGAUUAAAUGGAUUCGAAAAACGUUUAAUGAAUAUGAUUCAGAUAGUGAGUCCGAGAAGGGUGAAUACGAAAAGGCUCAGGAGUCCAAUGCAGACUCGGGGGUCCACUCUACAUACUGGCCUCAGAUGUCGGACACGGAUGUCCCGCCGCUUGACAUCGGCUGGCCAGGCAGCACUAGUUUCUAUAAAGGGGUGACUCGAGUAUCCGUUCACACGCACCCACCCAAAAACAAGGGGCCCCAUAUAAAAGAGGUUGUCAGGAGACUCAUUCAAGAAUCUAACAAGGUAGUAGCCGUGGUCAUGGACCACCUUACAGACCUGCAGAUCCUUCAGGACCUAUUGGACGCAGCACAGAGACGAGGGGUGGCUGUGUACAUCAUACUGGAGGCUCGUGGUAUGCCCCACUUCCUGGAUAUGUGCACUCGUUUACAGAUCACUGCUCUGCAUCUACGGAACCUGCGUGUGCGAACGGUGAAAGGUUCUGGGCUGGCCCUGUCAUUUGGCAGGCUGCCCGGCUCUCUGUGCUCCAAAUACAUGCUGGUGGACGGAGAAAAGGUUAUGUUUGGCUCUUACAGCUUCACAUGGAGCUCCUCUAGGAUGGACAGGAACACCAUCACAGUAAUGUCUGGGCAGGUGGUGGACUUCUUCGACAAUGACUUCAGGGAAAUGUAUGCUGUAUCUGAGAAUGUGGACCUUUACAAGGAGUUCCACAUUACCAAGCCUCCCAUGCCUGCGCCGGUACAGAAGGUGGUGGUCCCCAAGCCCCUGUUGAUGUCCACCUCCCGUUUCCAGGUGUCUCUAGGGGACUCUCGGGGGCAGGCUGACCAGAGGGUGCCUGCACAUAAAUACCACAACCCUAAGUAUUCUCUGGUGGUGGGGAACAGUCUCGGGCUCACUGGGUCCUUACAGGACCUCUCCACACUCAGAGACUCACUGGGCGGUGGACUCCAACGGAACGGACUGUCGACGCUACUCCAUGCCAAAGGGGGCAGUAGUGUGGAACUGGACAAGGUCACUGUGAAGUCCCCCAGUUCUCCUGUGGAGGAUGAGGAGGAUGGGAAGGGAGGUUCGCCGAAGCGCCAGGCCUUAGGUGGAAAGAAACAACGCAGUUCUUUCAGGCUCUUCCUGAAAGGCAGAGGAUCCAAUCACAACAGUGAGACUAUAGACGAGGAUAGAGCCACUCCUUCAAACCCCUCUUCCACCCACCCAAACCCCUCCCCUAGCCGCCCAACCCCCACCCCUAGCCACCCAAACCCCUCCCCUAGCCGCCCAACCCCCACCCCUAGCCACCCAACCCCUCCCCUAGCCGCCCAAACCCCACCCCUACCACCCAAACCCCUCCCCUAG